AUGGCCGUCGCGCCCGGCGACAUCGUCGUCAUGAUGAACGGUUUACCCGGCAAGAUGGGCUGCAGCGUCGGCGAGGCCAUCGUCGCGCGCGGCAUGGAGCUCGCGCCGACGGCGCUGACGGGCCCCGACUUCGCCGGCGACGUCGUCGACGUCGCCGGCACGAGUGUAACGCUCGUCGCCGGCGGCACGGACGCCGCGGACGCCGCGGCCGGCGCGCUCAAAGCCGACUGCGCGGCGCGCGGCAAGACGCUCGUCGCCGUGGACUUCACCGUGCCCGCGGCGGCGGAGGCGAACGCGCGCUACUACGCGGCCCACGGCCUGAGCUUCGUCAUGGGCACGACGGGCGCGGACGCGGGCGCGCUGAGCAAGAGCGUCCUCGACGGGACGCACUCCGCGGUCAUCGCGCCGAACAUGUCGAAGCAGAUCGUCGCGCUGCAGGCCGUCGUCGAGCGCGCGGCCAAGGACUUCCCCGGGGCCUUCGCCGGGUACGCUCUGGACGUCACCGAAAGCCACCAGGCGUCGAAGAUCGACACGUCGGGCACGGCCAAGGCCGUCGUCGCGUCCCUCGCCGCGCUGCAGGACGAGCAGAUCUGGUCCAGCGCCAACGCCAAGGUUUCUGCCGCCAUCGAGCGCAUCGACAAGGUGCGCGACGAGGCGUCCCAGCUCGACGGCGCGGGCGGCCUGCUGGGCAAGGUGCCGGCGGAGCACCUGGCGGGCCACGCGUACCACACGUACGGCCUCACGUCCGGCGACGGCACCGUGCGCUUCGAGCUCCGCCACAACGUCAACGGCCGGUCGACCUACGCCGAGGGCGUCUGCGACGCGACCCUCUUCCUCGCGGCCGAGCUCGCCAAGGGCGAGCCCUCCACGCGGCUCUUCGACAUGAUCGACGUGCUGCGCGCGGGCGCCAUGAGCUAG